CCGCUAUCUAGAUGCCUUCCAACCAUGAAUUGGAAUCAGCCGCUGGCUCCUCCCAGCAUGAAGCACCCGUUAUCACACUGCUAUCUUCCAACUCCACAAUUCAAUCUCUCUUUCCCACUUUUCUCGACUCGUCCAUAACCGAAGCGACUAUGCAUCAGGUCGUUCAAUCCAUGACGGUCGAGCUGGUAGUUGCCGCCAAGAAAGAGGAUCCAUCCUUCAACAGCAUCCCAGUCACUCUAGUCCCAAUCCUUCGUGGGGCUCUUCCAAUGUACGUGGCCGCCUCACAGCAUUUCGCCGAUCCUUUUUGCGUCCUCGUACGCGGCUUUCGGGCCCAGGAAAAGUCAUCCGUCAGAAUUGACUGGCUUGGACGACGCCCAAUCCCGCUGGUUCCCAAGAACGGGCACAUCGUAUUACUCGACACUGUUAUCGCGACCGGCGGCACCAUUUUAAAGAUUUGUGACGAGCUCAUGGCGAUAAGCGGCUCAGCAGAAAGGCAUGUCACCAUCCUGUCAUGUUAUGUUUCGCCUAUUGGACUCGCAGCAGUGGCAAAACAUCCCCUAGUCAGAAACGUUAUCGUAGCCGCGACUGCGGAGAGAGUGGACGAGCAUGGCUAUGUUGUGCCGUACCCUGGCGAUGUAGGAGACAAACUAUUUGGAAGGGCCGAAGCAAGGAAUUAAGCAAAUGAAUAGAAAACUACUAACGUACCUCCUGGGUCAACGGGCUACCUAGGUUAACGAGCCACUUUUGCCAAAACUACACCAAAACUCAACACUUGAUUAACAUUUCUAGGCUUCUUUACUAGAUAGGAGUUCUAAGGAUGUUAUUCUUAAAAGGUUUAUAUAACGUACCUUACAGGUAGUUAGUAUAGAUAGGUAAUUAGUAUACUUCUG